AUGCCUUCCACGCCCUCGUCCUCUCCGGCUCGUGCAACACCUUCCAGCGACAACGACAUCGCCCUAGGCGUUGGUCUCGGCGUCGGCAUCGCCGUCCUCGCUAUCGCAGUAAUCGCCAUGUGGAUCGUGUAUUGGCGGCGACGACGCGGGCGAGAAAUUAUCGAGACGACAGAGAGUAGGGUGCAGAGUCCGGCUACGGGGAAUAGGGCUGGUGCCGUAUCGGGCGGUGGAAAUGGUGGUUCAAGGCCGAUGACCGAGGCGGUGGAGACUGGCGCACUAAAGAAGGAGGAGCGGACCGCUCUUAUUGGAAUGCGCACUCAACCGCUUUUUCUUCAAUCCACCUCCCUCCUCCUCCUUCUCUCCAUCCUCCCAAUCUCAAUUCUCUCCUCCCAACUCCUCCUCCUCGUCCUCGUUCCAUCUACAACCACCAGCUCAAUCCUCGGCCACAUCCCCGUCCCGCCCGCAGCGUCCCACAGGGCCACCCCGACCCCAUAUACCAAGUGGAACCACCGCAGCGCGAUGAAGCAUAUCCACAGCGGCAGAGCAAGAAUAUUCGAAAGAAGGACGCGGGUAAAGAAUGACAAGAGCAGGAUGAAGCCGGCAAGUAGGAGGAUGGAUUCGAGGAGGUGGAGUGGGUCAAGGGUUGUGGGGCUAGAGGUAGAGAGCGGUGGGGUGAUAUGGUACAUGACGAUAGGACGAUUGCGAGCGUAUUCCGUGGGAGGAAAAUUAUAA